CGAAGAUGGCGGAGAGUUAAAGGUGUAAAGAAGAAAUAAUUGAUGCGGUAGAGAGAGACACACGUCUGCUUGACUCCAUAGACCAGCCUGGAUAGGACCACACCUCAGGAGGGAGGUGGGAUCAGAGCGUCCGUCAUCUUAGCGCCAUCAUCAUCAUAAGGUGCUGAUAUGUGUACACGAUGAGUGGACUGGGGGAGAACUCCAUGGAGCCUCUGUGUUCAGAAAACCGAAAGCGCAAGCUCUCCACUUGUGACACGCCCACUCUGGGGUGUGAGAGGAGGCGGCGGGAGCAGGAGAGCAAGUAUAUUGAGGAGCUGGCUGAGCUGAUCUCGGCCAACCUCAGUGACAUCGACAGCUUCAACGUCAAGCCAGACAAAUGUGCCAUCCUCAAAGAGACAGUGCGCCAGAUCCGCCAGAUCAAAGAGCAGGGUGAGUCCAGGACAACGGCCCACGGGCGCCCCCCCCCCGUGCCCUCCCUCCACCUGCCAGACGUGAACCUCUGGCUGAUAAAUGGAGUGUCGUGGGGGGGCGAAGCGGCACGACAGAAGAGCCACACCUUCACAUGCCGGAUGCUGGUCAAGUUUGGCCAUGCCCACGGCCCGAUGGAGGAGGGGCCAGGAGGUCCGCGCUAUGAGACCAUGCAGUGUUUCGCCCUCACCCAACCCAAGGCUAUGAUAGAGGAGGGGGAAGACCUCCAGUCCUGUAUGAUAUGCGUGGCUCGUCGUGUGACAGCCAUGGAGAGAACGGAGAGCUUCAACACCAGACAUGAGCUCUCAGGUGAACUAAUCCAGAUCGACCAGAACUCGUUGCGUGCCUCCAUGCGUCCAGGAUGGGAGGAUCUGUUGAGGCGUUGCAUUCAGAUGUUCCUCCAGCACAGCGAUGGACAGCCUUGGUCCCACAAACGACACUACCACGAGGCCUUUCUGCAGGGUCACGCUGAGACACCCUUGUACCGUUUCUCUCUCUCCGAUGGCACCCCGGUCACAGCUCAGACUAAGAGCAAGCUUUACCGUCACCCCAUGAGCAAUGAGCCACAAGGCUUCAUCUCUACACACCUACUCCAGAGGGAGCCAAACGGCUACCGCUCAGCCCAGGGUGGGGGAAUGAUGCAGGGGCCCAUGAGGCAACAGGGCAUGGGAGGCCCCAACCCCAAUGCACAGAUGAACAUGAGCUCUGGCGGUGGGAUGGGCAUGGGGGGCAUGGGUGGUAUGAACCGGGGCUUUGGCAUGAGCGAACAGGGCCACAUGGGUCACAUGGGCCCAAUGGGCGGCGGUCCCAUGUACGGAGGGAACGGAGGUGGUGGAGGUAAUGGAGGCAUGGGGAACCGCAUGAUGCAAAUGAAUCAAAUGGGCCAGAUGAAUCAGAUGGGGCACAUGAACCAGAUGAAUCAGAUGGCUCCCCUGAAUCACCCGGGCCCAGGCAUGCAGCAGCAUCCACAGCAACCCCCCUUCCAGAGCAGCAGUGGGUUCGGGCUGGGGGGCGUGACCAGUCCAACAGGAAGCCCCCGCAUGGGUGGACCCCAACAGGGGCUUCUGAUGUCACCCAGGAACCGAGGGAGCCCAAAGAUGGGUGCCAGCCAGUUCUCACCAGGAGGCAUACACUCUCCUAUGAGCGGCCUCGGCAGCACAGGGGGGAGUGGGGGAAGUACCACCACCUUCUCCAGCAGCUCGCUGAACGCCUUGCAGGCCAUCAGUGAAGGAGUCGGCAGCUCUCUCCCCUCCACCCUCACCUCCCCAUCUCCAGCCCACAAACCAGACAGCUCCCCAAGUGUUCACUCCUCCUCCUCUUCGUCUCAGCCCAGUCAGCCAACCAAGCCUGGUCAGGAUGGCUCCAAAAGCCCAGCGGGAGGUUUAGUGGCCGGCCCUGGUGAUCACCACCACCCCCUGCACCACCACCACCAUCACCACCAACACCCCCAGGCGGAGAGCUCUGGAGACCGGCCCGACAGCCAGGUGGCGACAGCCAACAAAGAACCCGGUGAGGGCAGCAGCGAGGCCGGGGUGGCCAGUUCUGAACCCCCACGGAGGGUACCGGACAGCAAGGGCCAUAAGAAACUGUUGCAGCUGCUGACCUCCCCAACCGAAGAACUGGGAAUAGGUGGCACUGGACCAGCUGGCCGCCUACCGCCCCCUCCAUCCAGCAGCAACACUGCCGCAGGAUCAGAGAACAAGGACCCCUCCGGAGGUAUGACCAGCCCUUCAUCUACCGGAGUAUCCUCUUCAUCCUCAGCCUCUGCCAACCAAGGUGCAACGGGAGGACCGGGGGGUAUAUCAGCAGCUCUGUCAUCUGCCCACUACACUGCCUCGCUACAGGAGAAGCACAAGAUCCUCCACAAGCUUCUACAGAACGGCAAUACCCCGGAUGAGGUGGCGAAGAUCACGGCAGAGGCCACAGGGAAGGUGUCCCUGGGGAAUCAGGAGUUAGGUGAGGUGGGAACAGGAGGACCAGGCGCAGGAUCGGGACCAGGGACGGGGGGAGUCGCUGAGCCCAAGCAUGAGCAGCAUAGCCCCAAGAAGGAGAAGACCCACGCCCUCCUCCACUACCUCCUUAACAAGGACGAUUCCAAAGAGCCAGUGGAUGUCAAGCCCAAGCCCGAGGAGCUGGAGGGGAAGGGACCCCCAGGGGCUGCUGGCGGUCCUCCACGGAGCGGUGCUGGCCCUGGCCCCGGCCCCACACCAGAACAUCCAGAGGGCAAGAUCAAGUCAGAACCACCUGAUGAGCUGGAAAACCUGGAGUCCAUCCUUGGAGGUUUGAGGGGUUCUGGUUCUGAAUUCUACCCUGAUCAGACUGGAGGAGGAGGGGCAAAUGACACAGGAAAUAAAGCCCAAGGUUGUCUUGACGAAAACCUGCAGGGUAAUCCAGGGAUGGGUCCAGGGCCCCGCGGACCCUUCCAGAGGGCCAUGUCCAUGGACGGAAAGCCCCCUGGAGGGCCUGGGGGAAUGGGUAGACGUCCCAUGCUCAUCAAGCAGGAGAGCAUGAUGGGAAGUCCAGAUGGCUAUCCAGGGAAUAUGGGACCAAUGAAUAGGGGCAUGGUUCCCCAGAGGUCUCCCAUGGGAGGGUCAGGGGAGUGGGGGAUGACUCGCUCCAGUGCCAGCCCUGUUGGCACACCAGGCCAUCCUUCCAUGAUCCGCCCUGGCAUGGACUACAACGGCAAGGGCAUGAUGGGAGGACCCAUGGUCAGCCGCUCAAACAGUGUACCAGGUACCAGGUCAAUGUUGCAGCAACAGCUCAUGGAUAUGGGUGGCUCGGGAGACAUGGGCAUGGGUAUGAGCCCCUUCGCACAGCAGGGCCAACCAAACCAGUCCCCUUCCUGGCCAGACACUGUGAUGGGCAUGGAGGGUAACAGACGUCAGUUUGGCAACACCCUGGAUGAACUCCUGGUGCCUCCCACCACCAGUGAGGGUCAGAGCGAUGAGAGGGCCCUUCUGGACCAGCUGGACUCUCUGCUCAACAACACGGAUGGCAUCGCUCUGGAGGAGAUAGACCGUGCCCUGGGUAUCCCCGACCUUGUCUGCCAGAGUCAGGGAGCCGAGCAGCAGCUGGAGCCCUUCCCAGGGCAGGACCCAUCCAUGGUGCUGGACCAGAAGCCUCUCUAUGGACAGGGGUACCCAGGACCCCCCUCCAUGGCCAUGCAGACGUCCUACGGAGGGAAUCCCAUGCAGGGCCAGCCCCAACAGGGAGGCUUUGGCCCUAUGCUGUCCCAGAUGGGCCAGGGGGGCAGUUUCCCUGGAAUUGGUGGGAUGCCGGGCAUGGGCCAUCCCCGUCCCAACCUGAUGAGACCCAGGAUGAUGAGCGCCAACAAGCCCAUGAGACUCCAGCUGCAGCAGAGGCUUCAGGGGCAGCAGUUCAUGAGUCAGACGCGGCAGGGAAUGGCCAUGAAGAUAGAAAACCCUGGCGGUGGAAACCCUGGCAUGAGGCCAGGCAUGCAGCCAGGGAUGGGUGGACAGCCCGGCUUCCUGAAUGCUCAGAUGAUGGCCCAGCGCAGCAGAGAGAUGGUCACCAUGCAGAUGAGGAGGCAGAGGAUGAUGAUGCUGAUGCAGCAGCAGCAACAGCAGCAGGCGGCGGCAGCAGCAGCAGCUGCAGCUGGGGGAUUCAGCCCCCCACCAAAUGUGACAGCACCUGGCGGCAUGGACAACCCCAUGGGAGGGCCCAACAUGGGCCAACCUGGCCCCCAGCAAUUUGGCUAUGGUGGAAAUUAUGGGAUGGGCCAGCAGGGAGACCCCUCGUUUGGCCCAUCAGGUGGCAGCCCCCCUAAUGCCAUGAUGUCGGGGCGCCUGGGGCCUCAGAAUCCCAUGAUGCAGCAGCACCCGCAGGGCGGUCCAAUGUACCAGGGUGCAGACAUGAAAGGCUGGUCGCAGGGUGGCAUGGGACGCAACAGUUCAUACCCCCAGCAACAGUUUGGACAGCAAGGGAACCCGGGGCAGCAGCAGUUUGGGCAACAGGGCAACCCAGGCCAGUAUGGAGGCAUGAUGAUGAAUGGGGGUAUGUCAGCCGGCGGAGGAGGGGCCCACAUGAGCCAGAUGGGAAGUCAGAUGGGAAUGAACCCAAUGGUUAUGGGACGCAUGCCCAUGGGCCCAGAUCAGAAAUAUUGCUGAAUAUUGGAGAUGGAGGCAUUUAUGACUCACUGUGAUGAUACCCAUUCAGAGAACUGAAUUGACAGCAGCCCGAGUGCAGAGGACCACAGUGUGUGUCUGUGUGUAGUGUUGUACUCCCACCAGUUGGGGGAGUGCUCUUCCUUUGGAGACAAGGCCAAUCAUGGCAGUCUCACAGCCCGAGGACCCCAGGCAAACUGAGAGUCACUCACACCCCAUCCAUGAACCUACGUAGCAUUCAUGUAAAUCAGAGACACUGUGACACAUGUUUAUACACACACACACACACACACACACACACACACACACACACACACACACACACACACACAUGCUCAAACCCUAAAUGGUCAGACAGACAAAUGUAAAAUUCCUCUCUUGGACUGAUGUAGUUCUAUAUUCCUCUCUUUAUGAGUGGUGUGUGUCACUGUAAAACACACACAUGGCACUCGCUGGACCAAACAGAGAGAAAAUGGACAC